UUUAAUUUUACAAACACAUAAUAUUUUUAUCUGUAUUAAGUCAACGGUGGGUCUGACUACGUGAGCGUUACACAAGCUGCUGGUGAGCAGUGUGGCAGGUUGCUGCGGUGGGUUUAAUAACAAAUAACCGUGACUUAUAGCCGUGUUAGUUAACAUUUAAAUCAUCACGCGUGUGUGAGCUAAUGGAUGCUUGCUAUGAGCUAAGGGAAUUUACAGUACUGUACCUGUGUUGUUUGCAUUUCUGUCUAAUAAAAUAUUCAAUCAAUCAAACAGUAACAUGUAGCUAUCUUUUAAGACUGGAUCAUUCAUUCCUUAACUGUACUUCGAUUUCUGUCUGAUGUUUGUCUGUUAGUUUGAAAGUCUGAAAGAUGUCAGAUAAGAAGAAGAAGAAGCAGCAGAGAGAUCUGCUGUCAUUCUGGGCAAUGGAGGGUCAACCACCCCCUGCCAAACUUGCCAGGUCAGAGGAAACAGUGGAGGAGGCUUUGGAACUCUCAGUGAAUGACAGAGCGGAGGAAAAUGAGUGUCCAGAGGGCACAGAGAAUGAGACUGCAGAGGAGACAGAAGAUGAUGAUGUAGAAGAGAUUAAGGCUCCAGAGGACACAGAGGAUGAGACAGAAGAGCCAGCAGAGGAAACGGUGGAGAUGAGAGUAGAAACAGGGAAAAAGCAGAGUGCUAAAAGUGCACUUUUAAAAGGGAGUGGACAGCAGAAUGGCCAUUCAUCACUAUAGGCACCACCACCUCCUACUAUUGGUGCUCUAUAUGCAGACAUGAGAACAGCUGUGCCCAUCAAGGAAAGGCAGAUGUCAUCAGGCAUAUGAAAAGCAAAGGGCAUCGUGCCAAAGAACAGGCAAUACAGUCAACAACCACGAUUGCACCUUAUUAUGCCCCAGUCUCUGUUGGUGGCAUGACAGCACAAGAGGCCAAGACAAGGAGAGCUGAGGUAAAGGUGGCAGUGUCAAUGGUCGAACACAAUGUGCCGUUUGCAGUAGCAGAUCACUUCAGCCCAUUGCUAAAAGAAUGCUUCAAAGAUUCCCCUACUGCACAGAACUACAAGUGCGCCCGCACAAAAACAUUGUGCAUAAUAAAUGAAGCAGUGGCCCCACAUUUUAGAAAGGAACUGGUCAUGAAGAUGAGGACCAAUCCUUUCACAUUAAUCACAGAUGGAUCAAAUGAUACAGGAAGAGAGAAGAUGAACCCACUCACUGCGGGUAUAUGACAGUUCCACCAGUAAAGUUGUCCACAGGUUUCUGGAUAUGUGCCCCACCAGCGGGCCAAGCUGCGGCACAGCUGAAGUGAUAUACCAGAAGAUGGACGAGGCCUUGCAAAAAAACGCCAUACCAUGGAGAAACUGUGUGAGUCUGUCUGUUGAUAAUGCACCUGUCAAUACAGGAGCAAGAAAUUCCAUCGCAUCCAGAAUUCUUAAAGAACAUGGCAGCAUCUACAUCCAUGGGUGCCCCUGUCACGUCAUCCACAACACUGCCAAACAGGCUGGCCUGGGCUUUUUGGAGGUGUGUGGAUUUGAUCCAGAGGAUCUGACUGUGGAUGUGGGAUACUGGUUUAAAGGAAGCACCAAUCGUAAAGGUUACCUGACAGAAUUCUGUGAGCUCCAUGGAAGCGAGUAUUUAGAAAUACUUAUGCACGUUUCCAUUCGAUGGUUGAGCCUGGAGAGGUGUUUGACUCGUACCCUGCAGCAGUAUGAACCACUGGCCAGCUACUUCAAGUCAUCAGAUGAGAAACAACCAAGGUUCAGGAGGCUGUUGGAAGCAUUCUCUAACCCAAUGACAGAGGUGUACCUGCUGUUCUAUCAAGCAACGUUGCCAGUCUUCUCCACCUUCAACCUCCUCCUCCAGAGAGAGAAGUCCUCCAUCUUCCUUCUACAUGAUGAGAUACGGAGUUUCAUCCGCAAGUUGCUUUCAAAGUUUCUGAAGCCUGCAGCACUGCAGCACCAGGGACUGCAUGAAAUCCUCUAUAAGGACCCAUCAAACCAACUGCCAGGUUUCCUGAACUUCUCCCAUACAAUGGACCUGACGAGCGUGACAAACUGAGUGAGGAGUUUCUGGACUACCAGUCCAUGGACAUUGCCAUGCCCGAAGACCCAGCCACGUUCGACAUAGAGAACUUUUGGGGGAACAUGGCAUCAAUGAAGAAUAAGGUGACCGGGAUGAGUUGGUGUUGGUACUUCCGCAUUCAAAUGCUGAUGCUGAACGAGUGUUCUCUGUGGUGGGACUGAACAAAACCAAAACCCGAAACAGUUUGGCUCUUGAUGGAACUCUGUCAUCCAUCAUGACUGUGAAGAUGGCAAACCUUGAGCCACAGUGUUUCAAAUGGGAGCCCCCUCCCUCUGUCAUCAAGGCAUCAAAAUCGGCCACAAACACCUACAACAUGAGACAUGUCAUGUAAAAGAAAAAAACAUAAACAAAGACAUGCACUUUAUUUUUUUAUAAUAUAUAUUAUAUAUAUAUUAUUCUGGUUCUAAUGUUGUUACACUUAAAGAAAAAAAUGCACUAAAGGAAAAGGCUGCUAUUGGUUCUUAAAAGGCUGCUAUUGUUUCAUUAUAUUGACAUUUUAUAAAUAAAUGUAUUUUAUUUGUUAAA